AUGGCCCUGCCUAGCUUUGAAGCCAAUGAUCAAACCCAUCUGUCACGUCCUAUUCGAUCAUCAUCGCGUUGCGUAUCCUUGGAUCUCAUCUCCUCAACACACAGGCUGACUAUGCCAUCCGAACAAUCACCAUUCGAUGACGGGUUUGAUACUCUUGUGAAAGAGCAACUGGAAAAAUGGAAAGUCCCCGGCUUGAGUAUAGCGAUUAUCCAUGGUCCCAAUACCUACACUAAGGCAUAUGGAAAGGCAGAGCUACUAGACCACAGCACAGGUCGACCAUCUCGGGAGAUGACAACCGAUGCCUUGUUCGCAACAUGUAGCACCACCAAGGCCUUUACCGGUGCGACGACAUCCAUAGCAAUCCAGGACAGCAAGGCCACCGAGUCCCCAAUCGACUGGCACACGCCUGUGGCUUCCCUAAUUCCGGAAGACUUUAUCCUGGAGAACGACUACGCGACCAAGAAUAUUACACUCGAAGAUGCGCUCUCGCAUCGGUCGGGUAUGCCCGAGCAUAACUGGACCUUGGCUCUAUUUUCAAAGAAGGGCCCAACGCCGGGCUCUAUAGUCCGCGCGAUGCGACACAUGCCCCUCGCAACGCCACCGCGCACCAAGUACCACUACAGCAAUUACAUGUACAUCGCUGUGUCACAUGCGUUGGAGCAACACACUGGCGAAAGGCUAGGAGCUUUCAUGAAGAAGCGCAUCUGGGACCCGCUCGGUAUGAGCGAAACGUUCUUCUCGCCAGGCGAAGCAAAAGCAAACCCAGCAACUGCCACAAAGCUUGUACAAGCAUACAAAUGGGUUCCUACAAAGGAAGGCGGAAGGUUUAUCCCGCAGCCAGAGCAUGACUGGCCAGCUAACAGUGGUGCUGGUGCUAUCGUUAGUAACGUUCUCGACUAUUCCCAUUGGGUGCGGGAGUUGAUUGAACGAACCGGACCGCUGAAAGGACAUGACAGCUUAACGGAUCCGCGGACGAUAUACUUCCAGGACGAUGACUUGAAUCUGCCCGCUCCGUAUCAUGCAUAUGCGCUCGGAUGGGUCGUGGAUAACUACCGCGGCCAGCAUCUCUAUAGCCACGGCGGUGGCUGGCCUGGCUACGCAAGCUGGGUGGGCUUCGUCCCCGAGAAGAAGUUUGGAUUUGUGGUUAUGGGCAAUUCAUUUUCCGCUCGGUAUGCUGCGUUUAGAUUGGUCACUUAUCUUCUGGAUAGACAGCUUGGUCUAUCCGAUGAUCCCACAUAUGAGGGGCAGGUUGCUGGUUGUAUUGAAAGACAAACUGAGACAUGGGAGUCGAGUCUUAGGAAUGAAAUCAUGGAGGACUCAAAGGAACGGUUAUUCGCUUCUUUGCCUGAUCGGCCGCUUCCAUCUGCCUUACAUAUAUCCGAAUAUACUGGAACAUACAGGCACCCGACGGGCGCGACUUUUACCAUCCAGAUAAUCAAUGACAGGCUUGAGGCUGACCUGCGGGAUCGAGUCAUUCCGUCUGAAUUGUCUCUUGUUCAUGCAAGCGGGGAAUUCUUCGUGGGAAGAAUCCAUAAUGCAGGAUUGGACUUGGUGUCCCCAUUCUCAGUCGAAUUCUAUAUUGAUGCUGCGGGUAUUGCUCAAAGAGUUGGACUUCUCUUGGAGCCUGCGAUGAAGGAAGGAAAGCUCUGGUUUGAUCGAUGUAGUUACUAG